AUGGAUUAUUUUGGAGGGGACAAUCGCGCCAGGAUUAGCCGGACGCUGCACCGGAUCAGCGCGAUUAGGAACAGGCAGGGAGACAUUGUAGGACUGACCUGCCGCGUCGGGAGGGUCGUGCCCGGAAGUGCUAAUUUGCUUCAGGAUUUGGUGAAGGCUGGUGGGUCGUUGCUGCUCAUCGGACCACCAGGGGUGGGGAAGACAACUGUCAUAAGAGACAUUGCACGAAUGCUAGCAGAUGACUACGAUAAGCGAGUGAUGAUUGUUGAUACAUCCAAUGAGAUAGCUGGAAAUGGCGACAUUCCUCACCCAGGAAUAGGCAAUGCCCGUAGGUUGCAAGUGCCUAUCCAAGAAAUGCAGCAUAAGGUUUGCUCUAUUGAGUUUAAUACCUUGCUGCCUUGUGAAGUGUGCACAAUCGUAUAUGUUUGUAUUGUACUGCUCACAAGACUAUUGCUCGGCAUUGACACACAUGCUUAA